UUUUAUUUACCAGAACUAUUAGAACAGAUUUUACAUUUCUUAUUGAUAGAUAAAUCUCUCUAUCCCGCUCUAUAUGUAACCCAAUUGUGGUACAGAUGUGGUGCCCCUAUUCUGUAGAAGCGUAUCGAAUUGAGAGGGAAAGACUUAUUUCCUGGACAAUCUCUUCCAAAUGAUUAUAAAAAUUACUGUGCAAAGGAUCACCCUCGAUUAAAUAAAUUCAUAAGGAUAGAACGUGUAAAGGAUCUCUCUCGAUUGAAAAAAUUCAUAAAGUUAGUACAUAGGAAGCAAACGCCAGUUUAUUGCUCAAAUGUAACUCAUCUCGAAGUAUCAUACUACCAUUCACUUUCAGAUAAAAAAAUCAUAAGCAUUGUACAUUCAUGCCCAAAUAUAACCCACUUGAGUUUCAUAAAUAGAAUAGCAUUUAGUAAUAGAGCAUUAGAACUGAUAGCGAGUUCAUACCCGAAUCUGAAGUAUCUCAAU